ACAGCGCCAUCAGGAGCGGGAAAACCAUCAGGAACAACAACAGCGCCAUCAGGAGCGGGACAACCAUCAGGAACAACAACAUUUGAGUCUUUCCAACCGGGGCCAUGCCAGGAGUGUUAUUGUGGCCCCAAAACUGAUGUGGUUACCAAGCUGCCUAUCAUUGUCUGCAAGCCCAUAGUCUGCAACACAUACUGCACCGAAGGUUAUGAAUAUCAGACUGUAGCUGGCAAGUGCUGCGGGACCUGUGUUCAGAACAAAUGUAUUUUCAGAGCACCUGACAACACAACGCACAUCAUGGAGGUCAACGCCACUUAUGUACUGCCGAGUGACAAGUGUGUGCACUAUACCUGUGAGGAGAUCAAUGGACAGUAUGUUACCAAGGAGACCAAAACCACGUGCCCACCCUACCAUCCUGAGGACUGUGAAACUGGCACCGAGACAACUGACGCUAACGGAUGCUGCAAAUCCUGCAAGAUACGGAACAUCUGUGAGGUCAAGAGUAAGCAGACGGUCAUCGAGGUGAACGGCUGUACGAGCGUGCAGUCCGUCAACCUGACGUUCUGUGGCGGACAGUGCGGAAGCUCGUCCAUGUAUUCUGCAGCAGCUAACAUGAUGAUGCACCAGUGUGAGUGUUGCCAAGAGGCCACCACCAGUCAGAAGCAGGUGCAGCUGUCCUGCGCCGAUGGCUCCAAGGUCCAGCACAGCUACACCAUGGUGGAGACGUGCAGCUGCAACAAAGCAGAGUGUGUGGGGGGGACAACGUCCAAACCACAGCGCCGCAGGAGACGCUGAUUGACUACUUAGUGUUUGACACCGGACUGAAACCUGACAAGCACUUAAGCUUUUUAACCUUCUUAUUCUCAGAUUUUAUUAUUUAUAGCCCGACAUGUGCUUUUGCAGUGUUGCAACAUACUACUGCGAUGGAAACCUUUCUUCUACUUUAAAUUUCUUUGAUAAUUAUUAAAAUUAUAUCUCUGCAAUACCAA